AUGUUUGAUUACGAAGAGAGUCCUCCUCCACUAAAUCACUCGCCGUCUCCGAGUGAUCGGUCCUCAUUCACGUCCCGAGAUACAACUCCCGGCACACCGGUCGAUAGCGGCUCUUCCUUUGGGAAAGCAUUCGGCAAGAAGUCAGAGAAGGUCAUUCUCCCCUGGUUCAAGAAGCCGAUUGACGUUGGACGUACUACGACGAGACUCUGCCUCGACAACCCCUUACUCGAGCCUGACUUCGACGAUAGUACUUUCCCGACCUUUGGCGCAACGCCACCUGUUCGGGGAAUGGCGAGCGUAGCCGGCCCUCUCGACGUCUCGGCACGACAAACAUCGACCUCGCCUCGUGGUAAUCAGCCUUCGAAUUUGACCUCGGCCUUGCAGAGAAGCGAUAGCGAAGAAAAGAGGAGGAUGGCGAACUCACCAGCAGAUACCGCUUUCAACCGUCCGAUGCCACAGAUGCCCUCCAACGCCUCCGAUGACUUCGCUAAGUUCGAACGUGGGGCACGACCAAUUGCGAUGAAGGGCGCUCAAAAUGACAGACAAGCCCGACGAGAGAGUAUUGCUCAAAGCAUCAAUGCAGGUAUGAGUUGGGGAGGGAUUUCAGUCGGUAGCUGGAUUCGAGACGAUAUGAUGAUGUCUGGAACAUCGCCCUUCGCAUUCAAUUCCCCCUCCUUCCAAUCCGCGUCGUACCUCCCUAAGUUGGAGGCAAAUUUUAUGAAAGAUUUCUCAUGUUGUGGCCUUACGCUACCCACUCUGCACGAUUUGCUUCAACACUACGAAGAAGCCCACGCGCAGAAGGACCCUUCGGCAAAUGAGAGUCAACACCCUGUUCCCGACAGCCGGGCGGCGCUCGCUGCCACGACUGCGGCCCAAGUCCAACAAGAAGCCCAACAGCGAAGUCAACAACAGCAAUCUCAAAAUGCGCCCGGCCGGCCAUUUGGAUCGCAAUCUUCUGCGUCACAAAACCCUCCACGACAGACGGGCUUUGCGAGUACAUUGCAGACGAUUCCUGACAUGGAUACGGUUGAAGAUAUGGAGAUGGAUGACAUUGACGGGACAGACGAGACAACUCCGCCACCCAACAUAUAUACGUCCAACCAGUCCCAAGCCUCCCCCCAAACGUCUUUCAAUGCUACGGCACAACCGCAGAUUCCUCAGCUGAACACUUCAAUGAUGCAAGGACAUCAAGCAUUCCGUCAAUCUACGCCAAACACCCCUGUGGCUUCUGGUCGACCAAACGCCGCAUUUCAAGGAAACAACGUCUCAUCCACGCUCAUGGCCAAUCCCAUGCAGCAGUUUCAAGACCUACAACAGAAUCCGUAUCGGGGUACCCCGGACUCUUCUGCCCCUGGUACGCCGGGUGAGUUAGACGAUGGUCUGAUGAACGGUAUGGACGACAUGUCCAUGUCGAACAACCUGUACAGCAACAUUCCCAACGGAUUCGGUGGGUUUGGCUUUGGCAUGAACAGUGACAUGAUUGAUCUUUGCAUUGAUGAGCCUGCCAAACGGCUCUUCUCUCAUGGGGCUCAGGGCAUGCAAUCACAGAACGUUAUUCACAACCGACUUGGCUCUGGACAAUAUGGAGCGGACAGUGAGAUCGCCAGAACAAUUCGCGAACGGCAAGCUGCGGCUGGUCUGCCGGACACCACGACUAAUAUCCCUCCCCAUGAAGAACCGAAGCCGUUCCGCUGUCCCGUGAUUGGUUGUGAGAAGGCUUAUAAAAAUCAAAAUGGUCUCAAAUAUCAUAAAACGCAUGGUCAUAACAAUCAACGACUCCAUGAGAAUGGGGAUGGCACUUUCUCGAUUGUCGACCCUGAUACACAAGCACCUUACCCUGGUACCAUGGGCAUGGAGAAAGAGAAGCCAUAUAAGUGUGACGUUUGUCAGAAGCGAUACAAGAAUUUGAACGGGCUCAAAUACCACAAGCAACAUUCUCCUCCAUGCAAUCCGGAAUUGCAGCUCAAUGCGAACAAGAGCCCAAACAUGGCAAUGCACAACAUGAUGGGCAACGCUGGGAAUAUGGGAGCUGGUCUCUCUGCCGGUGGAGAUAUCAACAUGAUGUGA